AUGGAGAAUAUCCCACAAUACCUUGAUGAUCCAAACUCUCCUUUACGUUAUACAGCUCAAGAUGGAUUAAAUAUCCGUACAAAGAGCCAACAGAAAGGGAGAAGUCCAACAGUUUUGUUGCUUGAAGACUGGAGUACACAAAACCCUCAAAUCCAUCAUUUAAUUGAAGCACUGAAAAAAUCAGAAUUAUAUGCAGCAGCUGAUUAUCUGUCUGUCAGUGUUCUUAAAGGUACGGAACCACCUGCUGAAAACAAAAGUUUCAGCUCAUGUGAUGGCUGUCAGAAGCAUACAUGCGGAAAGCCAGCGGAACACAAUGAAUCAUCUUCUAGUACCAAAUGGAGAACGGGUAAUGAGCACACACAAAUGAAACCAUGUCUCUCAUUAACAGAGUCAAUUAAUAGCAGGGAAGAUGUAAAAAGUCUCCCCCUUGUUGGCAGUGCUCCUCCCCCCACACCAGUAAAUGAUCAAAAAUGCAAAGCCACAGAAAACGAUGAAAUGGAUGAAGUGAAAAAAACAUUCAAAAUGAUAGCUAUAGAAAGCGGCCAUUGUCCCAGAAUUGCGUACAAUAUUUUAAGUGAAAUGACUGAUAAUUUUAAUGAUAAAGACGUUUUUUAUGGUGGACGAUUACUGGGAAGUGGAGGCUUUGGCUCUGUUUAUCUCGGUGUAAAAUCAGGUCUCAAGGUAGCUGUAAAACGACUCUUUGAUACAACAGAUGAACAGACAAAACUUUUUGAGAAGAUCGUUUUUUUAAUUUCCAAGUAUUUAUAUCAUUUAAUUUACCAGGUUCAAAAAAAAAAGGAAAAUGACUGA